CUACCUGUCAGACCUGGAGCGCCUAGUGACCCCCGGCUACGUCCCCACCGAGCAGGACGUGCUGCGCUCCCGCGUCAAGACCACCGGCAUCAUCGAGACCCAGUUCUCCUUCAAAGACCUCAACUUCAGGAUGUUCGAUGUGGGUGGUCAGCGCUCGGAGCGGAAGAAGUGGAUCCACUGCUUUGAGGGGGUGACCUGCAUCAUCUUCAUUGCGGCCCUCAGCGCCUACGACAUGGUCCUGGUGGAGGAUGACGAAGUGGGCCGCAUGCACGAGAGCCUGCACCUCUUCAAUAGCAUCUGCAACCACCGCUACUUCGCCACCACCUCCAUCGUCCUCUUCCUCAACAAGAAGGACGUCUUCCUGGAGAAGAUCAAGAAGGCCCAUCUCAGCAUCUGCUUCCCCGACUAUGAUGGUCCCAACACCUACGAGGACGCGGGCAACUACAUCAAGCUGCAGUUCCUGGAGCUGAACAUGCGGCGGGACGUGAAGGAGAUCUACUCCCACAUGACCUGCGCCACUGAUACCGAGAACGUCAAGUUCGUCUUUGACGCCGUCACCGACAUCAUCAUCAAGGAGAACCUCAAGGAC